UGUACUUUUACAAAAGUGCAGGUGAGGCAGCUGCACAGCACACAGCAAAGUGCCACCAAGUCGUGUGCAUAUUUCAGCUGUACAAGGAUACUACAGAAGUGUAGCGUUUCACUUAUUUAUAACCAGUUACCUAGAUAUUAUUGGUAUUAAAGUCUUCUCAUUGUUAUUAAGAGUUGAGGUAAAGUGCAAGUGUGUGCACAAUCGUUGACAAUGAGCUUUAUGUACGAGGUCAAUAAAGGUCGAACGCAACAAUAUCAACCUUUCAAAAAGCAAAACCAAAGCGUUUGUCACACAGCUGAUCUUAUCCGCUUAUCUGCUGACAAGCAUGCUAAUCAUAUUUUCAGAUUGCUGAACAGUAGCCGUGAAGUUGGGUUGGGUUUUGUGCAUAACAAGAAAAAAUAUUACAGAAUUUUUUACAGACUGUACGUCAGUUUCUGCAUGCACAUUUGAGGUUUUCUUCACGAGGAAAUGCGAGAGCUGUGAUGGGAAUGAUAAUGAGAGCAUUUGAAGUGAAGUUCAGUGAAGGUUGUGUUCUCUGCCAUCAUGUGAGGCCACAUCAAAUAUGCUGUGAAAAAACAAGAAUGCUGCAAUAGGAAACUUUGAAGCACAUCUGACUAAAUUAUCGUGCGAGACCAACAAAACAGCCUAACAGAGAAGUGUUAUUUCUGUGUCGAAUCCAUACUCAAGUACAAAUCUUUGCCCAACUUAGAAAAGCAUUGUGUGCGGACCUAAACUAGAAAGAAUUUACUGUAGUAAAGUAGACACCGCAAAAAGGUGCUUUGUGGUCCACAAAUACAUUUAUGCAACACAAAUACAUUGUUACUUUUUUUUAUUUCUUCAUGUAGGAAGUCUCAUCAGCGAAACAACAGUCCUCAACCCCAAGAGGCCAAUGACAUGGGGGCGAAUGGAGACGACAGCGGGGCAGGUAGGCUGAGCCGCAGACUGUCUCGUCUAGGCAGCAGGAAUCAAUCCAGGGAUCAGAGACACCCGGCUCAGCCAGAAAGACCUCCUCCUCCUCCUGUUCAACAAGAUGACAGGCCAGCUCCACCAGCACUUGUUGUGCCUCCUGCUCCAGCUCCAGCACCAGUUUUUGUUCUCCCACCACCCAUGGAAAUACCACCUAAACGCCCUGACAAAUCAACAAAGCCCAAGCUUCCUCCCCGGCCCCUGUCCAAGGUGUUCAGUAGCACUGAACAUGGAGAGGAUGUGUUAAAGGGCUUUGAUAGUUUUCGGGGAGACGAGACGCUCUGUGAUGUCGUCUUAGUUCCUGGAGAUAGCAAGGAAAAGUUUCCCGUCCACAGAGUCAUCAUGGCUUCAUCCAGCGACUACUUUAAAGCGAUGUUCACAGGAGGCAUGAGGGAGCAGGAGAUGAGAGAGAUCAAGCUGCAUGGGGUCACUAAGUUGGGCUUAAAGAACAUUAUAGACUUCAUUUACACAUCCAAAGUGAGCCUCGACAUGGGCAAUCUUCAGGACACACUGGAGGCCGCAAACUUCUUGCAGGUCAUGCCAGUCCUGCGGUUUUGCAAUCAGCUUCUGAGCAGUGAGAUCACUAUUGAUAACUGUGUGGAAGUUGAGCGCAUAGCCACAGACUUGCUUCUAGAGGACGUUCAGCAGAAUAUCGGUGAGUUUGUGAGUGAGAACCUCUCAGAGUUAGUGGAGUGUGGCCGCUACCUUGAGCUCUCGGAGACCAGCAUGGCCAACGCUCUUGCCAGCAAUUCGCUGAAAGGUUUCUCGGAACUGGAGCUCUAUCAUAUUGCAAGAGGAUGGCUGGACCACGAGCCUGCCAAACGCCGAACUUCGGUUUAUGCCUUGAUGCGGCAUAUUCGCUUCCCACUGAUGAGCCCCAGUGAGCUGAUUCAGAUCUCUCAGGAUGAUGAAGAAGAAGGCGACUCUCUGAUGCGCUCUGAGACGGCCUGUGUGAACCUCUUGCUGGAGGCCAGUAACUACCAGAUGAUGCCUUACAUGCAGCCAGCCCUGCAAACAGAGAGGACACAGAUACGGUCAGACGCAACUCAUAUUCUGGUCCUGGGUGGUGUAAUGCGACAACAGCUGGUGGUGAGCCGGGAGUUAAGGCUGUACGACGAGAAAACCGGCCAUUGGAGGGCCCUGAAGCCCAUGGAGGUGCCACGCUAUCAGCAUGGCGUGGCUCUUCUAGGCGGCUUUCUCUUCAUUGUUGGAGGUCAGAGUACUUACGACACAAAGGGCAAGACAGCCAUAGACAGCGCCUACCGCUACGAUCCACGAUUUGACAAGUGGUUACAGAUUGCGUCACUCAAUGACAAGAGGACUUUCUUCCAUCUCAGUGCCCUGAAUGGGAAGCUGUUUGCAGUGGGAGGAAGGAACGCCUCAGGAGAAAUUGACACGGUGGAGUGCUACAAUCUGAAGAAAAAUGAGUGGACCUUUGUGAACAGUAUGGUGGAGCCCCACUAUGGACAUGCUGGAACAGUCCAUGAAGGCCUCAUGUACAUUUCAGGCGGCAUCACCCGUGACACCUUCCAGAAGGAGCUUUGGUGCUACGACCCGGUCGCUGACACGUGGAGUCGACGGGCCGACAUGACGGAGCUCCGUGGCCUGCACUGCAUGUGCACUGUGGAAGACAGACUCUAUGUCAUGGGCGGAAAUCAUUUCCGAGGCUGCAGCGACUACGACGACGUGCUGGGCUGUGAAUACUACAGCCCUGACACAGACCAGUGGACGGUGGUGUCACCAAUGCCUCGGGGCCAGAGCGACGUAGGUGUGACUGUGUUCAAUGGACAGAUCUACGUGGUGGGAGGAUAUUCCUGGAACAGCAGAUGCAUGGUCGACAUCGUGCAGCGAUAUGACCCAGACAAGGACGUGUGGGACAGGGUGUUCAACGUGCUGGAGCCUCUGGGGGGGAUCCGUGCCUGCACAAUGACAGUUCAUCUGCCAGAGGGGUCAGUAGAUGAGGCUCAGAUACAAGAUUGCCCACUUCCCACAGCUAAGAGCUCAUAGCCACAGACGAGGGGGUUUCCGGCUGUUGCUGCUGUGAGACCACAACUGACAUGAUGAAAUUUACCUGCACGCUGUGGCGAAAAGACGGCAAAACAGGAAGUAGUGUGGGUUGCAAACACAAGUUGCAUGUGCAAGCAAAGCAGGCUAGCUUACAUUAGCAUUCGGUAGUUUGAAGACUUUACUCGUACUUACAAACACUGCGCUCUUGUUAGUAUCGUUCCCUGUCCUUUCAUUUACUGCCAGCUAUGUGGCACCCCAGCUAAUCUGUUGAUUAUGUAAUGAAUAUGCAUAAUGUACAUAAUGCCUAAACAAAAGCUCAAACCCACCUUCCUGAUCAGUUUGACUGGACAUUGAUUCACUUGACACUGAAGGCAAGCAAGUCAGAAUUAGAGGCAAAAUCAUCUUUUCAUAUAAAUUAAACUGAAAAAUUGAAUUAAGAGAGAAAAUCGACGUUAUUUCGAAUGCUAUUUUUGUAUAGUUUGUAAUUCUGUAGGCUUUUUUGAUCUAUUUAUUUUUUUCCAUCUCUAAACCGAAAGGAAUUAGCUGAAUGAUUUGUGUCAUGAUGACACCACAGGGUUUUGGGCAAACAUUGGAAAAUAAAGAAGUUUUUAUGGCACGGAGUCAUAAGAUUUCAGCUAGACUGUAGCUUCAAAGACAACAUUUUGGGUGUGGAACUUCCUAUUAAUCAAGCCUGUAUCCAACACAGACAGUCAUGCUUUCACGAGGUUUGUUUCUGCUUUUAAACAUAAUGUAAUAAGCAAAGAUGUCUGUAAAUCCUUUCCAUUAAAUUUCAUGCUGCAA